AAAAAAACCGUUUAAAAAUAAAAGUCAAAUAUAACUUCGGGAUGGAGGAAUAUUAAAUAAGGUAAAUUAUGCUUCUAUUAGAAAUUUAGAGUAAGUGAACGCAUAGAAAAACACAUUUUGAAAUCAUUGUAAAGAUCGUCGAUUUCCCGGGAAAUCGUCAAGAUGCAGGCCAGUGAUAGAUUUAACAUCAAUUCCCAACUCGAGCAUCUUCAAGCAAAAUAUGUUGGUACUGGACAUGCAGAUUUGAACAGAUUUGAAUGGGCUGUUAACAUUCAACGUGAUAGUUAUGCUUCCUACAUUGGGCAUUACCCUAUGCUUGCUUUUUUUGCUGUUGCAGAAAAUGAAUCCAUUGGAAGAGAAUGCUACAACUUCAUGCAGAAAAUGUUGUUACCUUGUGGCCUUCCUCCUGAAAGAGAAGAUGAUUAGAAUCUAAUCAGAUAGACUAGCUAAAGUGCACUUGGCAUCGUCUUUUUCAUGUUUACCGAAAAGCAUUAUGGUUGCACCAUAGCGACAAUUGUUGUACGAGUUUGAGACAGAAGAUGUUUUGUUUGUUAGAGUAGAAAGAGGGGUUUUAUGCUUGAACUGCUUGAGAUGAAUGGAACAAGUUUAGACAUGGAAGUAAGGUGUUUACGAACUGAUGUAUCCUUGGAUUAUGGUUAUGUAAACAGUAUUUCAUUCCAUUUCAAAACAUUGAUUUGCUUAUUUUCGUUUAUUAUUA